GCAGUCUGUAUAGACGUAGAGAAAAGUGAACGUGUUGUUGAAUCCAUCCAAGCCGAUGUCAACAAGUUAAAAAGGCAGAUUGCACAGAAGAAGAACGAAAAGGAGCAAGAAAUCAGACUGGAACAGGCAAUUUUAAGCAGACAGAUGCCAUCAGAUAACUUGGAGCCCAUGUUUGUCCCCCGGAUGUCCUACACUGGCUUUGCUGUGGAAGGCUGCACACUGGAAGACUCGGACGUGUCCGAUCCUCCCCCUCCGUACUCGGAUUUCAACGCCACCACUCAAGACAGUACUGUCAGCCAUGGGCUCCUGGAGAGCAAUGUCUUCAUGCCUCGGCCUCAGGCAGUAGGUUCUUCCAGCUAUGUUUCCACAAAUGCAGGAUUGAAAUAUUCUGGCAAUGGAGCAUCCAUGCCACCUUCCCAAAGAGCAGUGGGUGACAAUGGUGAGGAGUCAGAAGACAGUGAUUACGAGAAUUUGCUCGAACCCACGGAGUCAUCCGACAGUGAAUACUCACAGACAAGGGAUUCACGGCCCUCAGCACAUCCUGAUGGUGACUCCAGGAACACUCAAACUUCUCAGAUUUGAUAGGGGGGGAAAAAACCUAAAACCAUCCACAUGACAUUGUUUGGUUUUUUUCCCAAUUGUUUCUGAGAGAUUUUGGGGAUUGAACCUGGAGGAAAUGAACUACACAGGAUUCCUGUGCACACAACAUGUAGAAGACUUGCACUAGAUGGUUUAUUCACCUUGUGAUACAUUUUGCAAGUUUUAUAAUGGAAUCAUUAGGAUAAUCAAGUUGUACUAAUACUGAGGAGGUUCAUGGAUGUACUGGUAAAUUUAGGCAAGAUGAAAUUUCUAGAGAUCUUGUAGCUUUUGUUGCCAUAUUUUCUUUAAGACAAUAAAUUGGGAUGUAGUAACUAAGCACAGUUAGUCUACAGAUAAUGUUCUCAAAUCAAAACUUACCUCUUGCACUAUCAUGCCUUGAAUUUUAAUUUCUGAAAGGGAAGAAAUAUCUCAGCCUUCAAAAUAGCUUUUUAUGGUAAGCCAAAUUGGCCUUUUGCAAGCAGAGAAAAUUGUGAUCAUUCUGAGAAGCUCUGA